GAGACAGCUUGUCAUGACCUCGCAGGCUGCUUGCAAAGAGAGCGCAUCUAUAAGUUCCUUUGAACGUCUUCCCACCGAGCUCUUGCUCAUUAUUCGCAAUUUCAUCGGAUAUCACUGUCUAUCCGACCACAUCUGCUUUGCGUUUACUUGUACUCGUCUCAAGACCUUAUAUCCGAGCGACAAAUGGCAGGAUCUCCUACGACUUGGCGGUCAUGGAAAACCUCUCGACAUUGGUUGGCUCCAACGGCAUCAUCUCCCGGGCCACAACAUUUGGGAAGACCUCGCGAUUGCGAUCGCACGACACACGCGCUCGUGUAAAUUUGAUCCGUGUAACUCAUACUUUUCGGACUUUGAAACUCCUUACUACGAGCCGGAAGUGCAUAGUGGUCAAGAUUACCGUAUAUAUUCUGCAGCGGAGGUGGAAGCUGGGAGGAUAGGAUGUCAAGUAUUUGGUGUAUCCGCAGAGCUCGAGACAGACUAUUUUCCAAGCCCUGUUAUAGCGACACUUUUCGAUAUCUGGAGUAAAGAUCAGGUAACGCUCUGGGAUCACGCGGAGGCAGCUUGUGCCUUCGCUACGAUUCCGCCUGUGACCGAGAUGAAGAUCUUGGUCAUGAACAAGCUGGAAAUCAGCGUCGUGAAUCCUGACGGGGUGACUAUUCUGGAUUGCAUAACGGAGUUGCACCAAGACCUGGUUGAUUGGGAGAUAGACCUAGAAGAUCUCAGGGACGUGUAUACCGAAUACAGCGGAGCCUUCUACAGAAUGGAGCAGUUCGACUUUUUAAGAGACACGUUAGUGAAAGAUGGCAUUCAAUUCCUUGUCGCUUGGUGUCGAAAAGCAACAAAGGACCAAAGCAAUAUUAGCUUUGUCCAAGAGAUAUUGCGUAUUUGCAAAGAAAUUCCUCAGACUUGGUGGAAUGACUCUCUACUAGAUGUGCCAUUACCCAAUCUCGGUGGAGAUGCGCCACCAACGCAAUUGCAGACCAUCAACGAGAUCGUCGAGUGGACACAACGCCUCGGCCCAUCUGUCACAACGACGGAGUGGUGGAAAACCUUGGAUGACAACCGUCUUUGGCAUGAUUUACUCUCUGGAUGUUGGUUGAACGGCCUGAGGCAGAUCGCGCCGGGUUCGACUACUUUCAGCGCCAGAUGGCAAGAUGGGCGCAGCGAAUUAGUAUAGAUCUCAUCUACCAUAUACUUCUCCGUAUCAGUAAAACCCACAAGCUUUAUGAGCCAGCAAUAC